AUGACUCGAGCACCGGGCCAGCUGUUUGGCAUGUGGGGCAUGGCGUACACGCACAUCUGCGUUUUGAAGCACGUCGCCUUGAGAUAUCCAGAGCAGAUCAAGGUCUUGAUCUGUUCCACGGAGGCUGAUCAGGGGAAGCCUCCCCUGCGCCAGCUGCUGCAAAGCUUGCCGAAUCCGCGUCAGCCAGGCUUCCCGCAGUCUGCCAAGAUCCCUGAGCACUUUGCCGUGGCGUCAAUGUUGAGUCCGGACUCCACAGGGCGGGUGCCUUUUGCGGACAUCGCCUUCGACGUCACCACGGGCCCGGACACUCACAGCAGGUUCCUCGCUCAUCGUGUGGUCGUUGGGGCACAGAGUCCCGUGCUGCUGAAGGAGCUGGAGACCCUGCCCUUGGUGGAGCUGCCGCAGGAAGGGAUCACAGCUGCUGUCUUCAGGGUCGACCGGCGGAUCUCCAAAGAUGUGUGGAGGGCCGUUCUUCAGUUCUUCUACACUGGGAUGGUGCAUUGCCCCUUCGUGAAAGAUCCUGCCAAGCUGGUGGAGCUUUUUCGCGCAGCCGCCAUCUACAAGCUGCCCAAGGCUCUGUUGGACCUGGCACAAGCUGCGCUCUUUCCGCUACUGCCCUCCAGCCCCGGUUUGGCUCUCGAAGUCUUCUCGAUCAGCGCCGGUGCAAGUGGUGAAGGCGUUGACGUGGCGUCGCUGCGCCUAGCUUCCACAUUCGUGCUUCUGGGUCAUGCCUCGACAGUGUUUGCUGACCUGGCGCCAGAAACUGUGUCGGGGGUUCUGGAGCGUCUCUUAGCGACUUCUGAGCAAGCGAUAUUUUCGGCGCAGCAGGAGCCGGCCCAAGAUGCACCGGAUGCCUCUAAGGGCUCUGUUUUUGGUCGUCAUGCGCUGAUGUCGCCGGCUCUCCUGCUUUGGUGGCUGCCGUGGCUGCUCAGAGCCCAUGCUGGUAAUGCUGCACUGCAGGAUUUCGGAGAUGCGCGUCUUGUGGCCACGGAUCUGCAGUUCAUGCAGGGCUCUCCUGCGGAAGCUGACGACUCACGGGCCUUGACACCGUACGAGCAGCAGGUGCGGCGCAACAUCAAGUACUUGAAGCAACGUGGCGUCACGGUUCAGGAAGGAUGGAACCUUUUCGAAGCCUAUGAAACUUGGAAAGCCAGAUUUGGCUUGCUGCCACAUCCAGGUGUGAUCCUCUUGGUGGGAUUAUGGAACCACAAUGUCGAUGAGCAGGGUGCCAUUUCAGAGGGCAAGCUUUCCGGCCGCCAGUUUUUGGGGCUUGCCAUGGAAGCGUUGAAAGCGCAGUUUCCGGAUGCCACCAUUUUGGCCGUGAACUCCAUCCGCCAUUUGAAUGUAACGAUGGGUCCCAUGGGAUAUGUGGGCUAUUCCCUGAAGCAAGGCCACGGUAUCGACAUGCUCAGGUAUCCACAUGCAGUUCCCAGCAGAGAGCCCCUGGGGCUUGGCGUGGUGGCAUCCGGUCAAACCCCAGGCCUUCAUGACUUCCUCGCCCCAGGACUACCGGAAUCAGGUGCCCAAUAUGAUUUCGACAUUAUGGCCUAUCUGCAAGCCGCACUAUCUGCGGGCCAGCGGAUUCUACAAUUGGGGGGGAAUCGGUUCCAGUUCUUCGUUGCUUUUUUGAAAUACUUGGGCGAACACUCUUGGAAGCCCGGGUCACACCCUUCGAGCCUCGGAGAGACAACUUCGCCUACGCCGCUGCCAACCAGGGUGUCUUGUGUCCCUUUCCAUCAGGCUGGGGCACUGGCCCAAGCGGAUUGCCAGGAGGAAAUGGUCCCUUCGCCUCCUUUCACUUUUCCAGAGCUCGUGGAAGCCACAGGCUCCGCAUCAGCUGAUACAGUCCUAACUUGGCUGGAUGCUAUACCAUCGGGCCUUCUGCAGCACAACCAUCAAAAUGUUUCGUGCGAAGCAUUGCGGGAUGAAUUGCGCCGCACACGCCAGGAUGUCAGUCUUGAUGAUGCAAGAGGUCUUGGGCCAUGGUCUUUUCCUGUUCGACAAUGGUGCACAGUGUAUAUGGGCGCCAGUUACGGGUCCGAUCCUUCAUACCGAGCUUCUGCCGAACAUUUUGGACGUCUCUUGGCUCAGAACGGCAUCGGACUGUUGUAUGGCGGCGGGAAUGCAGGUCUAAUGGGUGCUGUGGCGGAUGCAGUGCUGAGGGAAAGUGGCUAUGUAAUCGGGGUUCGCCCAGAAGGCAACUUGCUGACAGCAGAGCAUGAGCACAAAAACUUGUCUCACAUGAUUUUCACAAAAUCAAUGCAUGAACGCAAGCAGACUAUGGUCGAUUUUGCUGACCUUCUUGUGGCACUCCCCGGUGGCUUGGGAACUCUUGAUGAGCUGGCCGAUGCUGUUGUUCUUGCCCAUCUGGGCACGCACAGAAAACCACUUUACCUUCUAAACACCACCUUCUGGACACCCCUCCUGAAGUUUAUCGAAAACAUGGAGACUGCGCAGUUUCUCGGAGCCGGGCGCUUUAGCAAACUGGUGAAGGUUGUUGACAGCGCCGAGGACAUCUUCCCAACCCAGGAAAGAAUCGAAUCCGCCGCCGAAGCCCAGGAGGCUGAGACAAGUCCCUGCUCUUUCCUGCAGCUUGAAGUCGUCAAGAUUCGCAGCGACGGCUGCCCUUUCCAGGUUGGCUUUCUGCCGGCUUUGGCAGCCGGAUGUCUCUGCGCAGUCUUGAUCGCCUCCUUCGGUGUGCAUUCGACAUCUGUAUCCUCAGGCCGCUGUAUUGUGGACCUCUUCAUGCUGAUUACGGUUCUGGCUGCAACCUCCCGCAUGAUCAGCGUUCCAGAUUCACAUGCCCUUGCCAUUGCUCUUGGCCAAAGAGUUUCCUGGUCAGGCCUUUACCUUGGCAUUUCCAAGUGGGGUGACAUAAUCGGAAAUCUGUUGUGUGCUUUCCCCCUCAACUAUUGGCCGGACUUCUGGCGCAGCAGCAGUCGCGAGGCAAUGAUUUGCGGUAUGACAGUGAUGUCAGCAGGGUCAGCGCUCUGCCUGGUGACGCUCUCGCGAGUGUCAGAGGACUCUGGCGUAAGGGAUUCUGCAACGCUGCCGAUUCUCCUUUGUGUGUCCCGCGCCAUCAUCGGAGUCGGCAAUGGCAUCGUCACGCAGCUUGUGAUUGUGCUCCUGUCGAAGUUGACACCGCCAGACGACUUGCCUCAAGAGUUCCAGCGCGCGAUCUUCUAUGUCACUGUCGGGACAGGCCUGGGCCCCUUGGCUUCUGCAGCAGGCUACAGCUUGGACGUUUGCUCUACCACGGCACCUCAGUUUAAAACAGUUGGUAUCAUUCAGCUGAUCCUGCUAUCGUCCGGGUUGUGCGCGGUCAUGCUCUUCUACCCAUCCGAAAUAGGCAGCAAAGAUGUCCAAGUCGCAGAAGUUUCAGAGCACGAAGAUGCAGCGCUCAACAGGAUUCCCAUUAUAGCAGGCCUGGUGCUGUGCGCACUGCGCAGCUUUGUUGCUGGCUCUGUUGAGGUGGGCACACCACUUCUUCUGGAGGACCGUUUUGGUUGGAGCAUAGCUACCACCGGAUUGAUCACAGGUGCUGCUUUCCUUGUGGGCAUUCCGAUCAGAUUGGCGCAAAUGAGUGCCGGGCGUCAACUGAGUGAAGUUGCUUGGAUCCGCUUAUUAACGGUGGCUGCAACACUGGGCACUUUGCUCCUUCUCCGUGCAGCUAGCAAGUUGCUGCCUGGUGGCUACUCGCUUGUUCUUGGGGACAUGAUCAUUUUCCCAUCCAUCUACUUGAGUGAAGGGUUGGCGCAAGGAUUCAUGAUGCGAUUUGUGCCCCACGGCGGCUCAAACCUGUUCUUCGAAGCGAGUUCAAUCGCUCUGAUCAUGGACAUGCUGAUCAACGCUUUCCUAGGCCUGGGUGCCGUGGGAGCCCGGAGUAUCAUUGAGGCAGGAGCAGAACGGGGACAAGAUUUCAACGCCGGCAUGCAACUUCUAUGCUGUGUUAUAUUCCUUAUCAUUUUUGAGCUUGGCAUGGCCCGCUAUGUUCAUGACAGCAAGAGCGAGUAA